AAUUUAGCAAGUGCGCAUAUCCCACAAAAAACCGGUACGUCACUUCCUUUUUAAGCUGUGACAUGGCGGCUGGUACACUCUACACGUACCCAGGAAAUUUUAGGGCAUACAAAGCUCUAGUAGCUGCCCAGUACAGUGGAGUAGAUGUGAAAGUUGCGUCUGACUUCAAGUUUGGUGAAACGAACAAGAACACAAAUUUUAUUUCCAAAUUUCCAUUGGGAAAGGUUCCAGCCUUUGAAUCUGGGGAUGGUUUUUGUCUUAGUGAGAGUAAUGCCAUAGCUCAGUAUGUUGGUAAUUCACAACUGGCUGGAAAGAGUCCAAAGGAUGCUGCCAAAAUACAGCAGUGGAUCAGUUUUGGAGACAACGAAAUUGUUCCAUCGGCUUGUACUUGGGUUUUCCCCUGUCUUGGGAUCAUUCAGUACAACAAACAGGAAGCUGAAAAGGCAAAGGAGCAGAUCAAGAAAGUCCUGACUCUGCUGAAUGACUAUUUGCUGACAAGAACGUAUCUGGUUGGAGAGCGUAUUACCCAGGCUGACAUCAGUGUGUCGUGCUGUCUGAUGCUGCUGUAUCAGCAUGUACUGGAUGCUGAAUUUCGCAAGCCAUUCCAGAAUGUGAACCGGUGGUUUACCACACUGGUCAAUCAGAAGCAGUUUAAAGCUGUUGUAGGAAACUUUCAGAUGUGUACCAAGAUGGCCCAGUUUGAUUCCAAAAAAUAUGCUGAGUUGCAUGGACAGAAGAAAGAAACGGCCAAGAAAGACAGUAAAAAAGAGGCCAAACCUAAGCAGGCGAAAAAAGAAGCAAAACCGAAAGAUGAAGAAGAAGCAGAAGACGAUAUGCCUAAAGAAAAGGAAUCUAAAGAUCCGUUUGCUGCUUAUCCAAAAGGGACAUUUAAUUUGGAUGAAUUCAAAAGAACCUAUUCUAAUAAAGACACCGUCACCGUUGCUUUGCCUUACUUCUGGGAGAAAUUUGACAAGGAAAAUUGGUCCAUUUGGUACUGUGAAUACGCCGAAGAUGUUUCCAAAAAGAGACAGUUUAUGUGCUGUAAUCUAGUAUCGGGACUGAUGCAGCGGUUGGACAAGCUUCGUAAAAAUGCCUUUGGAUGUAUGUGUCUAUUUGGAGAGGAUUUCAAAGUUUCCAUCAGCGGAGUGUGGUUUUGGAGAGGUCAUGAUCUAGCUUUCACGCUAUCACCAGAUUGGCAAGUGGAUUACGAGUCUUACAAGUGGAAGAAACUGGAUCCUGAUGACCCAGAAACAAAGAAACUUGUACACAAGUACUUUGUAAUGGAGGGCGACUUCGAAGGCAAACCAUUCUUUGAAGGAAAAGUAUAUAAGUAAAUUAUUGUGGUGAACCUAAGACUUUUGAGACAUAGCUGUACCAUGUGUUGGGUACUACAAAAGUUGCCAAUAAAUGAGUGAAGGGAAA